AUGCACAUAAAAGAAAUCUGCUUGGAGGGUUUCAAAUCCUAUGCCACAAGGACGGUGGUUCCGGGUUUCGAUCCGUGUUUCAACGCCAUCACCGGUCUAAACGGGUCGGGCAAAUCGAAUAUUCUUGAUUCGAUUUGUUUUGUCUUGGGUAUCACCAAUUUGCAGCAGGUUAGGGCUUCCAAUUUGCAGGAGCUGGUGUACAAGCAAGGCCAAGCUGGAAUCACGAAAGCUACUGUGUCGGUUGUUUUUGAUAACUCGGACAGGAGACGGAGCCCGCUUGGGUAUGAAGAUUCUUCUGAAAUCACGGUGACUCGCCAGAUUGUAGUUGGUGGAAGGAACAAGUAUCUGAUAAAUGGGCAUCUCGCUCAGCCUAGUCGAGUUCAGAAUCUGUUCCACUCGGUGCAGCUGAAUGUGAAUAAUCCACAUUUUCUCAUAAUGCAAGGUCGUAUUACCAAGGUGUUGAAUAUGAAACCUCCUGAAAUUUUGUCUAUGCUCGAAGAAGCUGCUGGGACAAGAAUGUAUGAAACAAAAAAAGAAGCUGCUCUGAGAACACUUGACAAGAAACAAAGCAAGGUAGAAGAGAUUGACAAGCUUCUUCACCAGGAAAUACUCCCAGCUUUGGAAAAACUGAGGAAGGAGAGGAUGCAGUACAUGCAGUGGGCUAAUGGGAAUGCAGAGUUGGAUAGACUCAAGAGAUUCUGUAUUGCUUAUGAGUACACGCAAGCAGAAAACACUAGGGACAAUGCAGUUCAGUGUGUUCAAGAUGUAAGAAAUAAGAUUUUGGAGAUUGAUGGUACUGUUGGAAAGAUGCAUGCAGAAAUGCAGGAAAUGGAGAAACAGGUAUCAGAUUUGACUGCUGAAAAGGAAGCAAGUAUGGGUAGUGAAAUAAAAUUGUUAUCAGAUAAAGUUGAUGCUCUUUCACGGGAUCUGGUGAAGGAGACUUCGGUGCUGAAAAAUCAAGAAGAUAAUCUUAUGACUGAGAAAGGAAAUGCAGUCAAGAUUGAGAGGAGCCUUGAAGAAUCAAAGCUAGCUGUUGAAAAAAUGGCCAAUGCAGUAAAAACUGCUGAAGCAGGUGCUGCUGAUCUUAAGAAAAGUGCUGCAGAGCUCUCAAAGAGCCUGGAUGAGCAUGAAAAGGAGUAUCAAGGUGUAGUAGCAGGUAAGAGCAGUGGAAACGAAGAGAAAUGCCUUGAAGAUCAAUUGGGCGAUGCAAAGGUAGCUGUUGGAAGGGCAGAGACGGAAUUAAAGCAGUUGCAGACAAAAAUAGGUCACUCUGAGAAAGAACUAAAGGAGAAAACAGCUCAAUUUUUAUCAACACGUGAAAAAGCUGCUGCCAUAGUGAAUGAGCUCGAUGUCAAAAGGAAAGAGGUUGAGAAGGUUAAAAAAGCAUUGGAAUCUCUUUCUUACAAUGAAAAUGUUAUGGAAGCAUUGCAAAAGGAUCGCACGAUAGAGUUGGAGUUGGUGCAGAAAUUUAAAGAUGAAGCACGGACAUUAUCCUCACACGUGGCUAACGUAGAAUUCAUUUACAGUGAUCCAGAAAAGAAUUUUGACAGGUCAAGGGUGAAAGGCGUGGUGGCAAAACUAAUUAAAGUGAAGGAUAGCUCUACAAUGCUUGCCUUAGAGGUUGCUGCUGGUGGAAAGCUGUUCAAUGUAGUUGUAGAUACAGAAGACACCGCAAAGCUGCUUAUCGAGAAGGGUGGUCUGCGUAGGAGGGUGACGACCAUUCCACUAAACAAGAUUCAAAGGCACCCUGUCCCCGAGAGAAUACAAAAUGCUGCCACAAAGUUGGUUGGCAAAGGGAAUGCUGAGGUUGCACUUUCUCUGGUUGGAUAUGAUAAAGAAUUGCAAAGUGCAAUGGAGUAUGUGUUUGGAUCGACAUUUGUCUGCAGAACAAGAGAUGCUGCUAGAGAGGUCACUUUUAAUAGAGAAACAGGAACACCAAGCGUUAGCUUGGAAGGUGAUAUUUUCCAACCCAGUGGACUUUUGACUGGUGGUAGUCGUAAAGGUGGAGGUGACCUGUUGAGACAGCUACAUGCUUUGGCAGAAGCUGAAUCAAAAGUUUCUUUUCAUCAGAAGCGGUUGUCAGAAAUUGAUGCCAAGAUUAACGAGCUCCUGCCUCAUCAAAGAAAGUUCAAUGACCUUAAAACGCAGCUGGAGCUCAAAUCACAUGAUCUUUCACUUACAGAAAACCGAGCUAAGCAAAAUGAGCAUCAUAAGCUAAGCGAGUUGGUUAAGAAGAUCGAGGAGGAGCUUGGAGAAGCAAAAUCGGCCAUAAAAAAGAAGCAGCUUCUGUAUGAAGAAUGUGUAGCUAAAGUAUCAGAUCUUGAAAAGUCAAUCGAUGACCAUGCUGGAAAUAGAGAAAGUAGACUUAAGGAUUUAGAGAAAAAGAUAAAGGCGAUUAAAAAUCAAAUGCAGGCUGCUUCUAAGAACCUCAAGGGCCAUGAGAAUGAACGGGAGAGGCUUAUAAUGGAGAUGGAAGAAGCUCAAAAGGAACAGGCUACGCUGGAGAGCCAAUUAGCUGCUUUGAAGAAGCAAAUUCAUGAUCUCAAUACAGAAAUAGAUUCUCAGAAAGCCAAGGUGUCUUCUACAAAACAGGAUCAUGAUGAGGCCCAAUCCGAGCUUAAUAUUGCCCGAAGGAAGAUGCAGGAAUGCGAUACACAGAUUUCUGGUAUUGCCAAGAAGCAGCAUGGGAUUCAACACAUGAUUAGUGAGGCCAACUUAGAGAGAAAAAGAAUGGAAAAUGAAGUCAAACGGAUGGAGAUGGAUCAGAAAGAUUGCUCAUCAAAGGUAGAGAAAUUGAUAGAGAAGCAUGCUUGGAUUGCAUCGGAAAAGCAACUUUUUGGUCGAGCUGGGUCUGAUUAUUAUUUUAAUUCUAAUGAUCCUCACAAGGCCAGAGAAGACUUUGAGAAACUCCAAGCUGCCCAAUCUGGCCUAGAGAAAAGGGUGAAUAAGAAGGUAAUGGCCAUGUUUGAGAAAGCUGAGGAAGAGUACAAUGACUUAAUAUCUAAGAAGAGCAUUAUCGAGAAUGACAAGUCCAAAAUCAAAAUGGUAAUUGAAGAACUUGAUGAGAAGAAGAAGGAGACACUGAAAGUCACGUGGGCCAAAGUUAACAAAGAUUUUGGAUCUAUAUUUUCUACUCUUUUGCCUGGCACAAUGGCCAAAUUGGAACCUCCUGAAGGAGGCAGCUUUCUUGAUGGUUUGGAGGUUCGUGUUGCUUUCGGGAGUGUGUGGAAACAAUCCUUGUCUGAACUUAGUGGAGGACAAAGAUCCCUACUUGCACUUUCUUUGAUUUUGGCUUUGCUUCUUUUCAAACCAGCUCCACUGUAUAUACUGGAUGAGGUUGAUGCGGCUCUUGAUCUGAGUCACACUCAGAACAUUGGAAGGAUGAUCAAGACUCACUUUCCACAAUCCCAAUUUAUUGUCGUUUCGUUGAAGGAAGGCAUGUUUAACAAUGCCAAUGUUCUUUUCAGAACAAAAUUUGUGGAUGGUGUCUCUACUGUUCAAAGAACUGUGACAAAUAAACAAAGCAAGUGA